GAAUCAAAGGCAGCCUAUAUUCUACUUCUAAUGAGCGGCUUUUGGGUGACUGGCGUCAUUCCUCUCUAUGUGACUGCUCUUUUUCCGCUUGUCCUUGCACCGCUCAUGGGACUGCUUCCCAGUGCUGUCAUAUCCAAGGCCUACCUUUCGAGCUCUACCUUCUUGUUCUUCGGCGGUAUGAUCUUAGCAACCGCAGCGGAAAAUACCAACUUGCAUCGUCGCAUUGCUGUUACAUCUAUGCACUACAUGGGUCAUGAUAUUCGCUUGUGA